AUGGUGAAUAUCUGUUUGCCGAACUCGACAGUAAGCUCUCUAAGUACGCGCCGAAAAGUUGGCGUUCAUCCCACAGCCAUGGACUGGACGCAAACGGACGUCCGGCUUUGGCCUUUUACUUCCGUGUCCAGUUUUACGUGGACAGUCCGCUACUCCUGCGCGACGACACCACCAGACACCACUACUACCUGCAGCUGCGGCUCAACGCGGCUUCAGGGGCGGCCGGAGAACACGCAAUCCCAUUGGCGGGAUUGGCCCUUCAGCAGGAUUUGGGCGACUUUAAUGAAAAUUCUAGUUAUAGACCAGAAGAUUACGUGCCACCGAACAUGCGAGGACCAGCUGCGCUACGGGCUAUCGAGACAGCCCAUAGAUCGCAUCGGGUUCUUUCGAAGAUCGAGGCUCGGUCCCAGUUUAUUGCUGAAGCUUGCCAGCUACAGGAACCAGUUAACGCACAUGUGUUUAGGUUAAAAGCUUCCAAAGCUGAACCCUUACCAGGAUCGCUCCUGUUGGCAGUCUGUGCCAAAGGCUUGCGGGUUUGCCCUGAGAAUAACCCCCCGUCCACAUUCCUAUGGAGUAGCAUCAGUAAGCUAAGUUUCGAACGGAAGAAGUUUGAGAUCCGCACCAGCCACGAGAAGCUGACUCUGUACACGUCCAGCGACGAGAAGAGCCGCCUGCUGUUGGCGCUGUGCAGAGCAACGCACCAGUUCAGCAUGUAUGUGGCCCCCAGGCUGCACGAGGCGCGGAAAGAGGAGGAGGAACGUCAGAGAUGGGGUUGCGAUCAGCGCGUCUCAGUGAUCAGUUCGACAUCGUCAAACACUACGUCGGGAAUUGUGAGUGAUCGGGUACAUUCAGAAGAUGAAUUGGAGAUCAUGAUUACCAGCCCUCCGGCUCCCAGUACCGAGAGUCUAGCUCUAGCUCACCUGCUGGACAGUGCCCCAGCUAGCAGCAGGACCUCGGCGGCUUCAGCCACGGCGGCCCUCGCCUCGCUUUCCAUUCAGGAGGAUGAGGAGGAGGCGCCCAAACAAACUACAAGUGAGAGCUCCGGAAAGACCUCUAGCAGUGUCAAGUGCGCCGGCUCGCAGUGUAGCUCCUAUUGUAGCACCGUGGUGGUGACGCCAGUUAGCCAAACCAAGCCCAAGAAACGACGGCCAUCAACCAGCAGCAGCUUAGAGUUGGGCUAUUCGCAUACCGCGCAAAACUCAGCCCUCAGCGAUGCGACUUGCAUAGAAAUCGACACCAGAGAGCCAGUUUAUACCUCAGGGCCUGCCCCCAGUAGCCACACGAGUGGCGUGUACACUUUAACCUCCAGCGAACAUUGCACUUUGAGUUCUGCAGGAAACUACACGAAUGCCAGUGAAUAUGCUGUCACUACUGAGUCCUCUUUUCUUACGAUGGGCAGUGAUCACGUCGAUGGCGGCUUUAGGGACAGGGCGGAUUCGACCAUUAGCAACUCAUCGUUUCACGGGGAUGGAAGCGAUCCUACCAACAAACAGAACUUGCUGUCUGCUGAGGAGUUGUCGGAUCUCAUCGUCGGACGGUAUCCGUCCAGAAAAAGCGUCAGUAACACCUUGGACUCGGACUCCGAUUAUGUGACGUUGCCCUCUGGAUACCAGAGCUUCGCGCCCGUGCCUCCAAAGAGGGUCGACAGCGUCGAGCCGCGGUUCCGGCCUCCUCCGCCUCCGUAUCCAACUAAAAACACUCCGGAAGCCCCCAACCCGUUUGUGGAAGCCUCCACUAGCAACCCGCCUCCUUACCCGGAUAACGGCCCUCCAGCGCCCGCCCCGAUCUACCCCUUUGAGGAGGCGGCAGCCCGGUUCAUCACUACCCGAUCCCCGAGUAUCCUCACGGCUCACGCCAGUGCUGUGAGUGUGAGCUCAACACCGAGCUAUUCAGCUGCCAGUUCAUUGCCGCCCAUUCCUCCGAAGAUACCAAGACAGUUGCCGAUCAGUAGAGCGAUGCUCAAUUCAGGCAGCUUUAUCGACAUGGCGUCUCCAAAGGCCAGCGUCUUGGUGCCCUGUACGUUCUUGCCUCCUCCGCCGCCCCAGCCAGCUCCUAGGCAACCGCCUCCGCCGCCUCCCGGCCUGGCUACUGUCUACACCAGUCAACUAUCCAGGUCGCAGAUUGAGCAGUAUCAGCAGCAGAUGUACAGCGAUGUGGACUUUGUGGUGUUCCCGUUGAAGGAGCCGGCGAUUAGCAAGCAGGAAUAUCUGGAAGCCAAGCAGGGCUCUAUUUUGGCCGCGCUGGCUCAUCAGCCAGUUUUCUACCGCAGCACGCCCUACUUAGGGAGAUAUGCGUCCAGUCAGAAUUUAUCCGAUACAUAUGUGCAGUUGCCUGUUUAUGGGGCUCCGAGCAUCUCGUCAACCGGCAGCUUGGAUCCCCCGCCGCCGCCUCUGCCUCCUAACCGGCCGACCAGGUUUUUGAGGACUCAGUCGGAUGAUAACAUUCUGAACUCGCUGGAGGCUACGCCGCAGCCUCCGAAAUUCCGGAGGCUCCCGCCUCCGCCGCCGCCUCUUCCAGAGAAGAACCGCGACUUGCUCAAGCGCCACAAUCUGCUAGAUGUUAAGAGUGACUGUCCGGGUGAUGGAAGCAAGACGAGUGAGACGCGGGCGUUGGAUAUUCGCACGCUGCGCGAGAAAAGCAAAAAGCUGGACUUGCCCCUCAUUUCCGCUCUGUGCAAUGACAGGUCGCUGAUCAAGCAAACCAAGGCUUUCGUGAUGCCCAAACAUCCAGGAGAAGUGUCGCCGCCUCGCGUCCGGAACUCUUCCAGGGAAAAGUAUCCGGUUUCCGGGUUGAGCAACACGCGCAUCCAGAAGGGAGGCCGGAAACUGGCGUCGGUCAGCCAUCGACAUCCGGGCGACAAGUUGCCGGAAAUUCCUCGGGCGCUGCCCAACAAUUACGUCAUGACUGAGGCGCGUGCCAAGCACAAAGUGGCGCAGUCUCAGUCGUGAGUCAUUAGUUAUCAGAAUCAUUUGCAUUUCACAUUCCAGUACUAGUUUUAAAGCAUUUUUCAAUUGUUUCUUACACUCAGGGUGCCAUCAUUGCAAAGGUUAAAUUCUGGGACUGAUCUUUGCCCUAGUCGUGCGGGACUUAAUGGCUGGGCGAGGAUCGUUAAGCUGCAUAAAUAGUCGUCGUAGCGUCAGACGUAAGAAAAUGAAAAAUAAACUAAUGAAUAGGCGCGUGGGCAUUUGUAGCAUCCGUAUGGAACCGUAAGGUAUAAGCGGUAGGUGCUGAAUGAUUCAUUUUAAUUUUCCGAGCUGCUGCUUAAGGCAGCGCUGGCUCAACGUGCAAAAUGUAUUGAAAAGUAAAUUUUUUGGAAAAAAAAAUGUAUUUGCUUUGUUAGAAACAAAAAUCAGUCCGCUGUGAAUUUCUUUUAUGUCUUGGAUGUUGCGACGGCUUAAAAUCCAGCUUCAGGUUUACUGCGUUAAGGCGGAGAUGUGGAGGCUGUCCUAAAUUGCGCGUUUAGGGCUUUUGAAUGUUUACUGCUUGCUUAAUUACCUAAGCCGAUUUGAAGUCAGUCAAAGUGAUUUUCAUUUUAUACCUCAGUGUAACGUAGCUAGCUCUAGGUACGAUCUAAAAAACCCCCCCAACACAUUUUUUUGGUAGUAGUGAAAGUAAUUAAUGAUUUAUUUAUUUAUUUAUUUAUAUCUGAAAAACAACAACUUUAUUAAUUAUUUUACAGAUAAAGAAAAUUUAGCUAGCCAAUAUGUUAGCGAAUUUGUCCCAUUAGUUGAGUACCACCCUGUUUCAAGAGUGCAUUAUCCGCUGAAGAACCAAAAUUGCAUUUUCUAACUUAUUUGCCCUGCUCCUUCUAAAAUAUUGAUCUGAGUCAAUAAAAAUGAAGAUAAGUUUUCAUAUUAUCGAUUCACUUUGACUGGUUGAAGCGCGAUUUUUGGGACAACCCAUAGGUCAGCUUGAAUGCUGACGAGAGGAGUUAUUUAGGAAAAUCGGUUUUGUUUAACUGGUUAGCUGUAAUAUAUCCCGACUGUAAAUAAGGUUAUAUUUUAUUCGAGCGAACAGGCAUACAAGUAGAUUUAAGAUCUAUUAGCAGUAAAUUAUACACUUGCUCAAGUUGUUAAUACUAAUAAUACUCACCGUAAUGAUUCGAUUUUUCACAUAUGUUUUUGGUGUUGAAAAAUGUGCAAAGCUUCUAUCAAGUGUAUUGUCGUAGAUGGUGCUAAUAGAAUUUUCCAUGAAGUGAA